AUGUAUGCUCUUUCGAAUAAUCAGAUUAAUAUCGAGAUCGACGGUAAACCGAUCCAAAGAGUUGAUGCAGCCAAAUCUCUGGGUUUGCUAAUUGACGAACACCUUCCAUGGUCAAAACAUUUAGACCAUAAAAGUAUGAAAAUAACUUCGGCCAUAGGCGCCCUUAAACGCGUAAGAACAGCUCUCCAAAUAUGCCAAGCGUUAAUUUUACCCCACUUUGACUACUAUAGCUCCGUUUGAGAUGGACUCAGCGUCGCCUUGAGUGAUAAGCUGCAAAAACUCUAAAAUAGGGCUGCCAGAGUCAUUACCAGGUCCGGUUACGAUGCGAGCGCUAGUUUCCUUCUAAAUAGGCUUCACUGGGACAAUCCUGCCACACGUUGAAAGAAGCCAAAGGCCAUAUUAAUGAUUAAAACAAUAAAUGGGCUUUCCCUUGGGGGAACUCCCAUAUGAAAGGGGCAGGAUGCUCGUCGUCUCGCUUAGGGGUGUAAAUUUCAGAUUUUGGUCGCGCUUAGGGUGUUCUGGGCAAAACACCAUUAUAUUUAGCUGCAAAGGUCUCUUUUAGGGUUGCACUAGCCUUUGCCAGGCUCUCAGAUAGUAUAGUGCGACUUUUCCGACACCACCAUCUCGGAGCCUGGAACAGGCUAGGGUUGCACUCGAAGAAAUAUUUAAAAAUUGUACAUUUUCAAUUCGUUUUAUUUACUCGAUUUAUGUAAUCGAAGUUUAAAAUGAUCGCUUUUAGGGGUUGGGCCACGCCCAGAUUGGUCUCCUUUUGGGGGUUUCAAAAAUUUCCGACGAGCAUCCCCGCCCCUUUCAUAUGCGAGUCCCCCCCUGGGGGGCUUUACCCCGUGUACCUGCAGGAUUUAUUUAACUUCCGCAGUACUAUGUAUAACCUAAGAGAUUCCGAGAUUAAACUAGACUUGCCCAAACCUCGCACAAACUAUCGAAAACGUAGCUUUGGCUACAGCGGGGCGGUCCUGUGGAAUAGCUUGCCCCUUAGCUUAAGGAAAUUGGACGCUUUA